AAAUGCGGUCUGGGACUGUGGUAUCAUGUACAAGCACAAGAAGACAGACAAGUCAUUGAUCAGUGCUUCCGCAAUAAGGAUUACGAGUACCUGCUGAACAUCGCUACGAAUGGCCUCAAAAACAAAGGCAAACCGAAGAGCUUUGUGAUUGUUGGAGCAGGAAUCUCCGGAUUAAUCGCUGCGAAACUCCUGGAGGAUGCUAGACACAAUGUCAGUGUCUUGGAAGCCAGUGACAGAGUUGGGGGGCGAAUUCACACGUACAGGAAUGAGAGCAGGGGCUGGCACGCAGAGUUGGGUGCAAUGAGAAUUCCCUCGACUCAUGAGUUAGUCCUUCUCUACAUUACUCACUAUGGACUCAAUCUGUCAGAAUUCAUCCAAGAGGAUAACAACACCUGGUACUUUAUAAAUGGGAAACGCAUCAAGACGUCCGAGGUUAUGAAGAAUCCUGACAUUCUGGGCUACCCAGUGGAGGAAUCUGAAAAGGGAAAAUCUGCUGCACAGUUGUACUCUGAAGCCGUAAAAAAGGUCAUUGACGAAAUCAAGGAAAAUCCAUUGCUGUGCCAUUGCAACCUCAAGAAAUAUGAUGUCUAUUCUGUAAAGGAUUACCUCAAGAGAGAAAGUAACCUAAGCAGAUAUGCAAUCCAGAUGAUUGGAGAUGUUUUAAACACACAGUCCCUAUUGUACACGGCCUUCAGCGAAAACCUAAGAGAUGAGAUUGACAUCAAUUAUUACGUCAAAUUUUUCAAAAUAGAUGGAGGCACAGAUCUGCUGCCCCAGGCUGUGAGGAAAGACCUUCAGAAGAGUAGAGUAUUUCUGAAUUCAAGAGUUUUGGAAAUAAAUCAGACCAGCAGGGGCAUCCAGGUUGUGUACAAAGACAGAACAGACAACUCAGUCAAAAUGAUGGCAGCGGACUACCUCCUGUUCACCGGCACGGCCAAGGCAACUCUGAAUGUUAGAUUUAACCCCCCUCUCCCCCUGCGCAAAAGAGAAGCCCUGCGGAACGUCCACUAUGACAGCUCGACUAAAAUCUUCCUGGUCUUCAAGGAGCGGUUUUGGGAGAAAGAAGGGAUCCGUGGGGGCAAGUCCAUCACGGAUCAACCGUCGCGCUUUAUUUACUACGUGAGCGAAACGUUCAAGAGUGGGGUUGGGGUGGUGCUGGCGUCCUAUACCUGGUCGGAUGACUCCCAGUUUUUCCUGGGGAUGAGCGACGAGGCCUGCCAGGAGGUGGCACUGAACGACCUGGCGGCCAUCCACGGAGAAGGAAUCCGGGAUCUGUAUGAAGGAGGGGUGGUGAAGAAGUGGAGCCUGGAUGAGUACAGCCUGGGUGCCUUUGCGCUCUUCACGCCCUUCCAGCUGAUGGAUUAUCACCUGGAUCUGUUCAAGCCCUUUCAGAGAGUCUACUUUGCUGGGGAGCACACUGCCCUCCCCCAUGCGUGGAUCGAGACGUCCAUCAAGUCUACACUAAGAGCAGCCAUGAGUAUGAACUACAAAGCCUCUGCCAAAGCCGUUCCACCUGUAAAGACAGAGCUUUAAAAAAUCCAGGUAAAAUAUGGAAAUGCUCCUUUUCUCUAAAAUAAAAUGUUUUUUUUUCAAAUGUGCUUCAAGUGACUGCCUUGGGUCAUUACACUGGUUUGUGCUUGCUGUUAUUUUCUUCAAUAUUAUAGUGUAAUUUGUUUCAUACCAUAUAUCCUGUAUUAUUAUACUAGAUAUGUUCUUGGAGAUCUGCAGAGCUCACAGAGAGGAACCGAAGACAUGCUCUUUCUAGGCAACUUAAGUUACAAAUUUUACUCAGUUAUAGAGAUUCAAUUAACUAUGUAUCAUUUUUUUAAAAUAUGAUUGUAUCUUGUAAGAUUGUACCAUAAUAUCACUUUAUUUUAAUGUCAGGACAACCACAGAGCAUGCAAUACUAGCAGAUUCACGGUGCUUUAUGGGAUAAGACCUAGUCAGUUUUGGAAAGUUGUGUUUGGAAAAUAUUUAAAAAUCAUUAAAGGAACAAAAACCAACUGGUGCUUCAGUUUGGAUGUCUCGCUCUCAAACUUUUUUCAAGUUUGGAACAAGGCCAGUCAGCUCUAGAGAUAUAAAAUUGUAUUGGCUUAGAAAGAGUGUACAUUAACAAAACAACAACAAAAUAAAUAAAUGCUUCAAAACAG